AUGAGCAGUCCGAAGCGAAGAAUCGAGACAGAUGUCAUGAAGAUGCAAGAGUUCUACGUGCGCUUCAAGGGUCCCGAAGAAACACCAUUCCAGGGUGGCCACUGGAAAAUCCACGUGGAGCUGCCCGAUCAGUACCCCUACAAGAGCCCGAGCAUAGGGUUUGUCAACCGCAUCUUCCAUCCGAAUAUCGAUGAGCUGUCCGGCUCCGUCUGCCUCGACGUUAUCAAUCAAACGUGGUCACCCAUGUACGACAUGAUCAACAUCUUCGAAGUCUUCUUGCCUCAACUCCUCCGCUACCCCAACCCCUCCGAUCCCCUCAAUGGCGAAGCUGCGGCAUUGAUGAUGCGGGAACCCAAAGGCUACGAGGCGAAGGUGAAGGAAUACGUUGCCAAAUACGCUAGCAAAGAAGCAGUGGACGAGGCGGGCGAGGACACCGAGUCCGAAGACGAACUCAGCUCAGCGGGCAGCUACGAAUCCGGCGGUGAAGAACCUGCCGGUGCAAUGGACGACGUCUAA